AUGACUGCCAUUUUUGGCAUUCAGACAGUGGACUCUCUUGGACAUUAUCUUAGGCUUCUGUUAUACAUUGGUGAAAAUAAAACCAGAACUUUUGUCUAUAUGCGCGACAGAGUCAUGACCAGAGUCACUGGAUGGACUAAACGCUUCUUGUCCUACAGGAGACGAGAAGUCUUUCUUAAAGUGGUAGCUCAUGCCCUACCUCAACACAGGGGCGUGGAUGAGGGGCGCAAGGUGACGACCAUUUCAAAUCGCGACAUCGCCGUCCAAGUGGAGUUCUCGGAGGCAGCUCGGCCUGCUAUCAAGGUGAGCAGCGAUUGGGUGAUGGAAGGAAUGAAAAAAAAAAGAUUUCAUCAUAACGCCUAUCGUGAUCACUGCAUAUUCAUGGACCGCGGUGGCACCCUGUUGGAAGUUUUCGCCGAGCUAAUGGGGACAGCCGAGUGGAGAGCUUCGAAGAGUACAACAUAUUACAAACAUGGGGAUUUUGUUCCUGGUUUGAAGGUGGAUGGUAUGGAUUCUCUCGCUGUGAAGCAAGCUUUCAAGUUUACUAAAGAACAUGUCUUUAAGAGUGGAGCAAUAAUUCUUGUAAUGGACUCAUGUAGGUAUUAUGGUCACUCCAUGUAUGAUCCUGGAAAUACCGAUAGAACACGUGAUGAGAGUAGUGGUGUUAGACAGGAGCGUGAUUCAAUUGAAAGAAUUCGGAAGCUAGUAUUAGCACAUGACCUGGCUAAUGAGUAAGAGUUAAAGGACAUCGAGAAGGAAGUGAGAAAAGAGGAGGACGAUGUAAUUGAGCAAAGGAAAGUCCAAUGCCUGAGCCUUCAAAACUGAUAAAUGAUGAAGAAGCAAAUCACGUGGGUUGUAGG